UCAGGGAAACUUUAGGGGGAGUGUGUGAAGUUUGGGGAAGAUCUCUCGUUCCUUUAACGCGGAUGAGCGGAUGAGACCACCGACCAUCGCAAUCCAGCCAUGUUUUCUUGGAUUAUAACUAUCUGGACUAUUCUCUCAGUAGUACAAUGUUACUUUACGGAGGAAAAUUACACCGAGGAGUCACAGAUGCAGCCUCCUACGGUCGUUAUAGCAAUAAUUGCUCGAAACGCCGCUCAUUCUUUACCGCAUUACCUCGGAGCUCUCGAGAGAUUAAACUAUCCCAAAGAGCGCAUAUCUAUUUGGGCAGCAACAGACCACAACAUUGACAACACUACAGCAGUCCUGCGAGAAUGGCUGACGGUCAUGCAGACGCAAUAUCAUUAUGUGGAAUGGAGACCUAAGGAUAAACCAGCGUCCUAUGCUGGUGAGCUGGGACCCAAACACUGGACUAAUGGCCGCUAUGAGUACAUUAUGAAGCUCAAACAGGGAGCGCUGAAUUUUGCAAAGAAACGCUGGGCUGACUACAUUCUGUAUUCAGACACAGAUAACAUCCUGACCAACCCUGACACACUUCACCUCCUGAUGGCUGAGAAUAAAUCUGUUAUUGCUCCCAUGCUGGAUUCCCAGUCAGCGUAUUCAAACUAUUGGUGCGGCAUCACUCCGCAGGGCUACUACCGUCGUACCGCUGAAUAUUUCCCCACUAAGCAGCGUCAGAGGGUGGGCUGUUACCCUGUGCCGAUGGUCCACUCCACUAUCCUGCUGGACCUGCGGAAAGAAGGCACCAGAAAAUUGGCUUUUCAUCCACCUCAUGUAGACUACUCCUGGCCAUUUGACGACAUUAUCGUCUUUGCCUUCUCAUGCAGAAUGGCUGAGGUUCAGAUGUAUCUAUGUAACAAGGAGCGGUAUGGAUACUUAAAUGUACCAGCAAAACCCCAUCAGACGGUGGAGGACGAUCGAAUCAAUUUUGUCCAUCUGUACCUGGAAUCUUUGAUCCAUGGGCCGCCCAUGUACAUCUCUCAGCAUGUCCAUGUUCCACCCAAAAAGUUAGAACUUAUGGGCUUUAAUGAGAUUUACUUGAUUAACCUCCGCCGGCGUCCAGACAGAAGGGAUAGGAUGCUGUGGUCACUGUAUGAGCUUGAGAUCGAUGCUAAAGUAGUGGAUGCUGUAGAUGGGGCAGCUCUGAACAGCAGUGAUAUUAAGAUUCUAGGUGUUGAUCUUUUACCUGGUUACUAUGAUCCUUUCUCUGGCCGAACACUGACCAAAGGAGAAGUCGGCUGCUUCCUGAGUCACUACUACAUUUGGAAAGAGAUGGUAGACAUGCAGCUAGACAAAGCUCUGAUCUUUGAGGAUGACGUGCGUUUCCAAGCCAACUUCAAACGACGUCUGAUGCGAAUUAUGGAGGAGGUGGAGCAAGUGGAGUUGGACUGGGACAUCAUAUACCUGGGCAGAAAACAGGUGAACCUUGGAGACGAAGUUGCAGUGGAGAAUGUGAAGAACCUGGUGUAUGCUGAUUUCUCCUACUGGACGUUGUCUUAUGCCAUCAGCUUACAGGGAGCUCAGAAGCUUCUCAAUGCUGAACCGCUAUCCAAGAUGCUUCCAUUGGAUGAGUUUCUUCCCAUCAUGUAUGACAAGCAUUCCAAUGAAGACUACAAAUCCCAGUUUCCCAAUCGGAAUCUGAUGGCGUUUUCCACACACCCUCUUCUGGUGCAACCCUGCCAUUACGCCGGGGACCCAGAGUGGUUGAGCGACACAGAGACAUCCACGCUGUGGGAUGACGACAACGUACGUACGGACUGGCGGGGAACGCAUAAAACUCUCAAGGGUUUCCAGCCACCUGCCGGUGUGCAGAGCUCAAAAUACAAGGAUGAGUUGUGAAGUACAGCGACUGAAGAGACAGAAUUGACAGAGGAGCUCUUUAUAAGGGCUAAUGUGACACUCUGAGUUCUGGAAAACCUGGAAAAUAUGAGGACAUUUUAUACUUAAGGAUUACCAGGUCAGGAAAAGUCAAAUGGCAAUGGAAAUUUUGGAGAGGUAAUUUUUUUUGGUAACUCUCUACAAUAAUUUUAACAUUUACACAUUUAGUGUCAACUAGCAUAACAAAAAUGUUCAGCCUUAAAGCAACACCAAAGAGUUUUGGCUCUUUGCUCCCCCUACAGGUUAGAAGCGUAAUUGUCCAUUACCCACUGUCAUAAAUACUGAGGCAUAGCUGGCUCUGAUUGGAUUGUAGGUCUGCCGUAAAGCAAGUUUUUGUAGUAUUCACUCGGACUACAGGACCACUACCCGACGGUUGGAAACUUCUUUAGUGCGGUUUUGGCCGAUAGAGGGCUGCAAAGCGAAUGUGAAAGUGCCAUUCACCCUGUUUAGAGUGGAUGAACCACUGAAACUUUUUUGGAAGCGUUAUUUUAAGGUAAAAAAAACUCUUUGGUGUUGCUUUAAAAAAUUAAAAACAUUCUGCUUAUUAUGUUGUUGACACAUGCUAAUGUUUACAAAGUGUGUAAAGUGUUUUUCUAGCAAUAUUUUUUAUAAUAUUUUAAGGAAAACAAAGUAUUAUUUUUCAUCUAGGAAUCAUCUGUUUUUUUGUUUUGCACAGUAAAAAGUUCAUGUGACCCUGUCUGUGAAAUAAUCAAAUUUUGAGAUUAGAGGCAUCAAAUGUUGAUUGUAAUCAUUGAUUUACAUUUUUUUUUCAAUCACAAAAAAAAACUUUUGGUGAGUUUGCACAGGCAGGGUCACAAUUGUUUAUUUACUGAAUUUAUUAGAAUUUUUAUUUAAAAUUUUUAUUGAAUUUAUUAACUCCAACAAGGACAUGCCACAAACAUUUUAUGUGGAUAUCCACUACAGCCAUCAUUGUUUAAUGAUUUUAAAAAAAUUAAUCAAUAAUCAUGAACAGUUUUUAUUGGUCAACAUCAAUGGGAGCAACUUAUAAAACCUCAAGAGUGGAGAGAAACAGGGCAACCUGGUUGUCUUCACAAAAAGAGUUUUACUCUACUUUUAUCAGUCUUUAAAAGAGCAGUCAUCUAGGAUGUAUAGUGUAUGACUUAAAUUUAACUAUGAAUGUAAUAUGUAUUUGAUGGGAGGGUAUUUGUCAAUCUUUUGGAAUGAUCUCAACUAAAAUGUGCCUUUUUAUUGAGCUGUUUUUCUCUUUUUUUGCCAUUUAAAAUUGUGUUUUAUAUUUAGUGGUUAUUAAUUUUUUUUUACUGAAAUGACUGUCAUGCUCAGACAAUCAAACACUCAGAGCUUGUUGUAUAUAUGCAAUGUUGUGUGGCUGAUGUUAUUGGGGCUUUUUGUUGAUCAUGUUAAAAAUCUCUGUUCCUGUUAUAAUAAUAUGUUUUUCUAUUUAUUCGUCUUCCACGUCUCAUUCUUCAUCGGUGCCCCUUUUAAGUAAACAGCAAAUGACCUGAAUUUGGUGUGAGUAUGUAUAGUUUUGUUGAAAUGUUUUGUUUUUAUUAAAGGGAAUGUUUGAGUAUUAUUCAAUUGUUUUUCAAUGUAUUUCCAGGGUUAACAUGGUAUAUUAAAAACCAUUUAAUCAUUAUUAUAAUAUUAUAUUGUAUAGAGGUAGCAAUAUUAUUACCU